CCGAGAUCGGACCGCUGGGAACAGCCGAACAGCCGGCCAGCGCCGCCCAGGGCGGCGAAGAUUUUGGAGUUCUCCAUUGCGGACGACGGAGUCCACGGAGGCGGUGGCGACGUGCCGCUCUCUAUUUUUCUGUACUUCUUUUUUUAAAAAAGGGAAUUAUUAAUUAGAGAGUUCGGUUGGGAGGAUUUUUUUUUUUUUUUUGCUAUUUUCUUUCUCCUUUUUUUUUGUUCUAUAGUUGAGGAGGCUGAUGCCGACCGAUUCCAUCGAAAGGGAAAGGAGGCCGAAUCCCAAACCAAACCCGCGUUCUUCUUCUCCUUCCCUUCGAUCCGAUCCCUCCUCCACGAGGCGCUCGCAAUCCGGCGUGAGAUCCAGUGUCCUCGGGCUCCCCCUCCCGAUCCGCCGAAAGGGGCGCCGAUUCCUGAAGGCGGGGAAGCGAGAUCGGGAGCCGAGGCGGCCCCGAUCAGCCUCCUUGUCCACUCAAAAUUCGGACGAAAGGUGGAUUUCGAUCAUCUGAUCGCAUCCCAGAUCCAAAGAAAAUCGAAUCUUGGUAGGUCGCAAAAGCAAAUUCGGUCUAUUUCUUAAAGAUAUCGAUUCCGAUCGAGUGCUAGAAGAAAAUGAAUUCGAUUCAUUUGGAUUGAGUGUUCGGAGAAGAAUGAGUAGAAUGUCUCAGAUUCUGCUCCUCUGAGAGGCGAUCUGAGAAAACGUAUUUCAAGAAUCGGAGAACAAGAAGAGGAGGAGGUCGAAGCCCAAUUCCAUCCAAGAUGAGCGGCGGCAAAGAGGAGGCGGUGAAGCUGGACGACGAGCAGCUGGCGGAGCUCCGGGAGAUCUUCCGGUCGUUCGACCGGAACAACGACGGCAGUCUUACCCAGCUGGAGCUCGGUUCCCUACUCCGGUCUCUGGGUCUCAAGCCCAGCCCCGAUCAGCUGGAGGCUUUGAUCCAGAAGGCGGACACCAACAACAAUGGCCUGGUGGAGUUCUCCGAGUUCGUGGCUCUCGUCGCGCCCGAGCUUCUCCGGGACAAGUCCCCCUACACGGAGGAGCAGCUCCGCCAGCUGUUCAAGAUGUUCGACCGGGACGGCAACGGCUUCAUCACCGCCGCCGAGCUCGCUCACUCCAUGGCCAAGCUAGGCCACGCCCUCACAGCCAGGGAGCUCACCGGCAUGAUAAAGGAGGCCGACACCGACGGCGACGGCCGGAUCAGCUUCCAGGAGUUCUCCCAGGCCAUCACCUCCGCUGCCUUCGACAAUUCGUGGGCUUGAUUCUCUGACUUCUUCUUCCGGUAGGCCUCCGUUCUGUCACCUCUAGAUCGUUCUUGCUCUGUUUCGCUUUUCCUCUCCAUGUAUGCAUGGAAAACAGAGUUCGAUUGGGUGGUCGUCGAAUGAAAAUUGGAGUGAGUGAAAUCAGUGAGGAUGCGCAGCGGUGUUGAAUUGCUCCGAGCUGGUGAAUAUGGGGAGAGGGAGGCAAUUUUUUUCUUAAUUCUUUCAGAUUUACGUUUGAAAAGAUUGCAUCUUUCAUGCAAAUGCUUGUGAUUUGGGGUUUUGAUUUCCAGUGUGUGGGAAUAAAAAACAAUCUGAAAGAGCAGAACUAUA